GUUCCGUUGCUCCGCAACCCGCAUCUUGUUGCUCCUGUGGCUCUCGGUUUGACGACUUUCACAGCCUGCCGUGUCCUCGUUUAUUUCCGCAAAACCAGACCGGUUACAAGAUGCUACUACACUGUUCCCGUGAAUGUAUCUUACUACUUCACGUCAUGUUUCCCUGGCUCGAACUAACGUAAAGUCCCAGGACUUCAAAAGCACCGUGGUGGAGUUUCUGUUGACCGUGCGUGCUGAACGUUCCUCAUUUCGUCUGAUUAGUUCAGCAGGCUUCAAGAUGAGCACUGCCGAAGAUGAUUUGAGCAACUCGACUUUGCGCGAGCAACGGCUUGCGGCACAUUCGGCCGAGGACAACAUCGUUUCCAAAGUCAACGAGCUUUCGACCGCGCUACUGGACACUAGCUUCAAUAUCCACAGCUUGAACAGCAAGAUUCAAGCAUACCACCACGAACAAAACGCUGCCGUUGAAAUGUUGAAAGAAAACUUGGACGUCUGUCUGAAGCACAUCACCACCGGAAAAUCUCAAGCGGCAUCCGUCGAGUUCUCCAAUCCUCACGAGUCCCCUACGAAUCCCUGGCGGAUGGUGCGGGACAAAGAGACGUCGAUCAUAGAGCUCGAGACCAAGAACCAGCACCUCAAAGCCAAGCUCGAUGUGGUCCAACAGAGGCUGAAAGAGAAGAGCGACGAGUUGUCUGAGAGGCUGGCAGAAUGCGCUAAGCGCCUUGCGGAACGUGAAAGGGAUGCGACGGAGUAUGAAGCAAAGUUGCACGUCGCCGAGAAGAAGUUGAUGGAGCAGCAGCGUCUGGCGCUGCGAGCCUCCUCUCAACUUCGUGACGUCGAAGAGGAUUGUGAGAAGCAGACGACCAGGGCCCGGAGCGAGCUGGAGCGGCUGGAGCAGACCCUCCUCUCGGAGCGGAGCCGCAACAACUCGAGUCAGCAGGCCCUUCAGGCUGAGUUGAAGCAGCUGCACUUGGAAUCAAGCUCCUGGCAGGAGCGCUACGUGAGAGAAAAACAAAAGGCGUCCCAACUCUCCGAGGAGCUGGUUCAGCUCAAGACGGAGCUGCAAAGGUAUCGCAACCUUGACAUUCAGGAUGUGGAUGGUGGCAGCAGCUUGUCAACAAAGAAUGCAUUAAAGGAAUCUGAGCGGCGUCUAGCACAAGUUAAGUACAAGUACGACUGCCUUCGAAAGGAGAUGGCCGAGUUGAAAACGCGGUCACAGGCAGAAAUACCUCAAGAUCUUUCCAGAACAGCUCAGUCUGAGGACUACGAAAGACUAAAGCUCGAGAAGAGAGACAUUGAAGAGGUCUGUCUCAGCUUUGACCGCAAAUUCCAAAAACAGGCUCAACUCCUGAAAAGAAUGGAGCAGAGGCUGGAAGAAUCUCAGGCUAAAAUCGUAGAGUUGACUCAAGCCAAGUCUGAAAAACAAAAGUCCUACCAAGACUUUGUGAAGUACGUCUCGGAUCGAGUGGACCUGUUGGUUGGACUGCUUUCCAUGCGAUCGUCCGAUACCUUCCAAGCACUGUUUGCGACGGAGCUCGUCGAAAGGCGGCCAGUGAGCUUUCAAGUUGCCGAAGUGAAGAGCAAGUUCCACUGGAUGACGCAAGAGGUCCGUUCCCUCUGUCUAGGCGAUUUAGAGACGAGGGCUCGCAGCUCGGAAAGCUCAUUGGCAUCAGUAAUCGACCGCGGUUUUCACCAGACACGAGCAGGAACCAGCAACAGGCAGUCCGCCAAGUUUUAGGCAAACAUCCCCGAU